AUGAAGGCGGCUCUUAUUCUCGGUUUGGUUGCCCUUGCGCAGUGCGCUUAUGGACACUACAUCUUCAACGUCCUCAUCGCUGGUUCGAAGACGUCGACGCAGGCCGUCCGUCAACCCAAGGGCGUCGAUCCGUUUGCUGGAGUCGAUUCCGCUGACAUGACAUGUAACGUGAAUCCGAGCCCCGCGACCGACACCGUCUCUGUCGCCGCUGGUGAGACGAUUGGGUACAAGUUGUCCAACAGCAUGUACCACCAGGGCCCCGUCUCCCUUUACCUCGGCAAAGCCCCAGGUUCUGCCGCAUCCUGGGACGGUAGUGGUCAGAACUGGUUCAAGAUUGCUGAAUGGGGUGUUGAUACCCUCAAGCCCGUGUCGUUCAGCAGCUACCAGAAGUCUGAAUUCACCGCCACUAUUCCACCCAAUACCCCGUCUGGAGAAUACCUUGUUCGGAUUGAGCAAAUCGCCCUCCACCUCGGUACAGGUGUCCCCGAAGUCUUCGUCUCCUGCGCUCAGAUUAAUGUCACCAAUGGCGGAUCUGGCAAUCCUCCCAAGGUUUCGAUUCCUGGCCACAUCCCACCCUCUGAUCCUGGCGUCACGGCCAACAUCUACGAAGGACUUUCUUCCUACACUGUCCCUGGCCCUGCCGUUUGGAGAGGCUGA